AAAGAGCGGACUCGUCCACAGACGACCCAUCGAUACUUCAGUGUAAACAUUUGCUGCUGCGCAAUAACGUCACAUCACUGGACAGAAGUUGGACCUCACUGAACCAAAUUCAACCUGAUAUUCAGAGAGAGUGGAGCUGACAGCUGAAGGAUGAGUGCUGCUCAGAGUCAAACACUGGAGUCCAAACUGAAGGCCCUGCAGUGCCACUUCACCUGGGACCUGAAUCCAGGCAGGUCCAAACUUUUACGUCUCAGAGACAAGCUGGAGGACAUUGGCACCGAGGAGGGAAACAGCUGGCUGGGUCACGUUUACAACCUGCGGGGGUACAUUCAGUACAAGCUGGGGUUCACUGAAGACUCCCAGAGUUUGUUCAACCAGGCUACAGAGGCCCUCCGCAAGAGCAGAGGAGCAGAAGAGGGUCCCUGGUUAGUGGUGAACUACGGGAACCUGGCUUGGCUGCACCACCACCUGGGAGAACAAGAAGAGAGUCAGGAUUACCUGUCAAAGGUCGACUCCCUGAUGAAAAAAUAUCCAUCUCCAUCCCAGGACGAGCUCCAUCCAGAGAUCUACGCAGAAAAAGCCUGGACCCUGAUGAAUUUCAGCAUAGACCAAAAGCUGCAGGCUGCAGAUUACUUUGAGAGAGCCAUCAGGAUGCAGCCAGACAUGGUGGAGUGGAAAAGCAGCCGUGUCUUAGCAUUUGUGAGUGCCUUUAAGCACAGCGACACAGGGCUGGAGGCUGAUAUCUUGGAGGAAAUGAGAAUCGCCAAAGAACAGGAUCCAGAGAACUUGUAUCUCGCUGUUAAAUACCUUGAACAACGUGGUAAGACAGGAGAAAGUAUUGAAGAUGAAGCACGUGAGUUAGGCAGACAGGUUUUGAGAAACCCUGUCGGCAGCUACAGCGGUAUGAAAGCAGUACUAAGGGUUUACAAAAACGAUGUAUCUGUAGAUGAGGCCAUUGAAUUGGCAGAGGAGGCUCUGGAAAAACAUCCAGAUGUACGUUAUCUGAAGAGAUGUGUUGCACUCUGCUACAAAUGGAAGAUCAUUUUUUCCUGGGAUAGUCGCCCAAAUCAAAGCAUGAUAGAGAAAGCAAUCAGUCUCCUUAAGGAGGUGAUUUCUCUUUACCCUCAGUCUUCUCUUGUGAAGAAAAUAGACCUCGCAAAUAUAUACGCAAAGUCACGUCACGGCCAGGCUCAAGCUGAGCAGAUAUACCAAGAACAGCUAGAACGUGAUCUGGAACCUGCAGACAAACAGAUGAUUUACCAUUACUACGCAAAGUAUUUAAACUUUGAUCGACAGGAUCGCAACAGGUCAAUAAAAUAUCACAUGAAGGCGGCAGAGAUACCGCAACAAUCCUUCUUUCGUAAGAACAGCAUCAAAGUCCUGGAGAAGAUUAAAGGCAGAAGCAGGAACCGAAUGUCUAGAGAAAUAGAGGAGUUCCUGUCAAACCUGCAAGAGCCAUAGUGUUUUUAACAGCACUGGUUUAAAUGCAGAACACCAGUAGGUGAUGCGUUAAUUAAACAAAGCUGUAUAUUAAUUUGAUUACAUACACAAUUGGAAAAUGGAGACGUUUGGACCGAUUUAGGGCAGAUUGACUUCACCUUGCAAAUGAAUCCUUUGAUAGAGAUUCUGUUGAAACAAACUGAUUUGUUAAUUAACACGAUCAGACUUCAAAUUGAUCAGGACACAAAAUCACAUAAACUGUUGGAGAAACAUGCAGAUUGCUUAUUAACACAAUGUUUGGUGAUGCUACUUGCUUGCCAGUGUUACCAUCCACUGUGGAUGAUGUCAUUCAGUUAAUUACAUGUUUUUGAUCAGAUGUUCUUUUUUUUAAACUCUUGUAAUCAAAAUGUUUCCUUUAUUCCUGUUGUGUUGAUUUACUAUAUUUUUAAGUUAAUAUGAGAGUAUAAUACAGGGUCCUUAUGUUCCCAGGGUUCAGGUUAGGGCUGGGUUUCCCAAACCUUUUCCAUGUCAGGGACCCCCACAAUAGAUUCACAUUAGACCACAGACCCCCCAAUUUGACAUGAUUUUGUCUUUUGCUUCACUUUUAGGUUUGAAUAUAAUAAAGCCUCCAUAAACUAGGAUCACUUUCAAUUACAAUCAAUAAAAACAUCCAGUCGUAUGUCUUCCCUCGCUGUUCCAACUUCCAGAAAAUGUCAUAAAACUUCAAAUCUAAUAUUCUUCCUUCUGCUGGGGACCCCCUGCAACUCACUCCAGGACCCCUGUUGGUCCCUGGACACCAGUUUGAAAACCACUGGCUUAGAGGACUACAAAUACCAAAAGGCAUCUGGAAAGCUCUGAUUCAGGCCUCCUUCUCAAUGUCAGCACACUGACACAUGUAGAAGGUCUAUAGGGGAAAGUACAAGUAAAUGGAGGCAAACUGAACAAUAAAAUGAAAACAAAUCAUGAGUAAACCGGAGAAACAUUUGUUAAAGACAUUAAUAGAGUUAAAGAAAUGUCAGCCACGAUGACUCAAGUGGUUCAUUUGGCUUCAUCUAGUGACCAAUAUAUCUAAAUACAUCUAUAUUCUCAGGGUGAGGGAGGCUUUUGACCGCAGUACGAGGGUUAAUGUGUGUUAACAGAAUAAUGAACUGAGGAACUGAGGACCCUGUGAACAUAGAUAUACUCCCAAUAAUACUCUGUAUAUGACAUUUGCUUUGCUGUAAGCUUUGGAGCUGUGGGAAAUCAAACUCUCUGGUGGAUGAAGUAAUAGUUAAUUUGAUGUAUAACCUGAAUAUUAUCUCCACAUGCAACUGAUUGUAUUCAUAAAAAGUAUGUUAAGCAUGUGUUUCAGUUGUAUACAAUACUAAUCAUAUUAAAUAUGCAUUUUGUACACGCAGAAA